GUGAAGUGAACCCAGUGUGUGUGUUGAGGAUGAGAGGGGAGACGUCGUACAGAAGAGGAGUGUGUUACGAUUAUCUGUAUCCAUUAUUAUUAUAUGUAAACGACAGAAAAUACUAAAGUGAAAGGAGGCAAAUGGAAAGCGAUGGCCAGCGAGCGAAAUGGACUAAAACGCGUUUUGAAAUCAUGAAAACCGGCCAGGUAAAAUUGUGCGCAUCACUGUGCAUGUGUCUCGGAAUAUUUACCUGGAUAGGAAAUAUAAAGUUGGAUUUUUGGUCAGCAUAUGUGCAACAAGCAACCGAACAGUCUUCCGAAGUUUUAUUCUCGGUUGCAAAUGAGCAAAGGCAGGCGCCAGUGAGUCUUGGGUUGCGCGAUAACAAAAGUUUUAACAUUUCAUCUACUAACACAAAACUGUAUAACGUUAUUGAACAGCGAGUGUUCUGGAGUGCGUGGCUGGACAGUUAUUCGACGGCUGUUUUCGACGAGGAACACUAGAGGAACUGGAGAGAGCAGGCUCGGGACGCACGGGUAGUUUUACUGGAAGCGGGUUGCGGCAGAUCCACGAACCGCCUGGCCACGUUCGCUGAUGGUACCAGAGCAUGUGUGCGAUACGGCAUCGACCCGGACCAGGUUCUAGGCGAAACUCUGUCGUAUUAUCUGGCGACGUUACUUGGGAUUUCCAAUCUUCCGCCUUUGGCUCUCUCCAAACUGGACAUGCCCGGUGAACAGUGGGCAGCCGUUAGACAAAACAUCGAGGCAUUAGAAUGGUCGCCAAAUGCCAUUGUGUCUCUCACGAAGUUCAUACCAAACGUAACCGGAGUGUUUAUUCCCUUACCUUUACGAAAACAGCAAGGAAGAAGUCUACAACUCUCCCCUGAGACUGUGUCCAAUAUGACAAUACCAAAUCUGGUAGAACUAAUGCAUUGGACUGAUCUAAUUGUAUUUGACUAUUUAACAGCCAACUUCGACCGAAUUGUAAGUCACAUUUUCAGCCUCCAGUGGGACAAGCGCGUAAUGGACAGGGCGACCAGUAACCUUCUGAAAACGACGAACGGAGAUUUGGUUUUCAUUGAUAACGAGGCAGGGCUUAUUCACGGAUACAGGGUCCUCGAUCUGUGGGAACGUUAUCACAAAAUACUGCUGAGUUCGUCGUGUUUAUUUAGGAGAAGCACAGCCCGGCGCAUAGCUGAGAUGAAGCGCUCCGGUAACGCCGCAAAGUUGCUCUUUGAACUGUACCUCACAAAGGAACCCCUUGCACGUGAGCUGGGGUCUCUGUCAGAAGAGCAAGCACUCACAUUGCAGAACAGGAUUGAUGUAGUUUACAAACAUAUUAAGCAGUGCACCGAGAUCACGUAAAUACCUCAUUUGCGAGUCAGUAUUUGUGCAGAUGUGCUCAUAUUUCCACAAUUGUAGGUCCUGUGAUUGUUGUCAGCAUUGUUACUUUGUUGUCUUAUGUGAUUUUUAUAGGCUGCUGGGCGCAACAUAGGAUCUUUAGUUUAAUAAAAUUCUCAGUUCUUGUAAGUUCUUAUCCUGAUAGUAAAGCAUGAUGGAAAGUGAAUAAGAGGUUAUUUUCUUAGUCUAUUUGAAAAGUCUGCCCUUAUACUCUGUGAUGUUGAUAAAAAAUACAUAGUUUGGUUAAAUGCAUCAAGGCAAGUGCUGUAUGUGUAAACCGUGAGAUCCAAACAGUGGUUGAAAAUGUUUAACAGAGGGACAGGACUGCGGCCGACCGUGUAUAAUAAAAAUUAUUCUUUACAAUCAAAUGCCAGUGAUGACUAUUUAUUGCUAAACAUUACAACAAAAAUUAGAGUAUUUGAAAACUUUGUAUUUUAUAAUCAUGUAACGGAUCUCCGUACUAUUUUUGUUAAUCCCUUUUUAAAAUG